AUUUUUGAAUGCUUUCCCUUAAGAACAGUCACCCAGGCUAGGAUUAGCAUGAAGGGCUGCUAGGCUGGCACUUCAGUGUCUGGGUUAAGAAUAUUUUAAAGCAGUAAAUGCAGUCAGAGCAGAGAGAGAGAUCCCUGGGACCCUUCCUGUUGAAAAAUAUGUAAGCUCAGGGCAGUAACUGCAACGUAAUUUAGGGCAAAGCUUCAUAGCUUUGGAGAAUAUUGCCUCUUGUUAAUGUUGCAUUGGAGGACAGUGGGAUAGUAAUAAUUUUAGACAGCUGGUAUUCCUGUUUGUUUUACAUUGGAAACUUCAGAAUAAAUGAAAGAAAGCAUCAAUUGAGGAAGAAUUGUAACUGCCGAAAUCCGGCGAUGAAUCCAUCUCUGAGCAGGCUGUAGAAAUGACAGGGGAAAGUGGGUAUAGAAGCUUUUUUCUAGGAAUGCAGCUGCAAAAGGAGUGUAGCAGUCAACGGCAAAAUCAGCCUUCCUCUUGCUGAUGACCAGGUUCCUGUUUGAUCCUGUUUACAAGCUUUCGAAGACUGAAAAUAACCCCAACUCCUCUGCAUUGGCUAAUUCAGAGGCAGCAAUUGUGUGAACAGCCCCUUUGCAAGAGGACCAAGUGUUGUUUGUGACAGAAUUGAAUGGAGAUGAUCGCAAGCUGAAAGUCAAAACAGGAUCUUCUUUUGAGUUCACUGAGUGACCUGCAAUUUUAUUCCAACACUUAACACAGGAUGUCUUCCAAGCGACCAGCCUCUCCGUAUGGGGAAGCAGAUGGAGAGGUAGCCAUGGUGACAAGCAGACAGAAAGUGGGAGAAGAGGAGAGUGACGGGCUCCCAGCCUUUCACCUUCCCUUGCAUGUGAGUUUUCCCAACAAGCCUCAGUCUGAGGAAUUUCAGCCAGUUUCUCUGCUGACGCAAGAGAGCUGUGGCCAUAGGACUCCCACUUCUCAGCACAACACAAUGGAAGUUGAUGGCAAUAAAGUGAUGUCUUCAUUUGCCCCGCACAACUCAUCUACCUCACCCUUGAAGGCAGAAGAAGGUGGGCGUCAGAGUGGAGAGUCCUUGUCCAGCACAGCCCUGGGAACCCCAGAAAGGCGCAAGGGGAGCCUUGCAGAUGUCGUGGACACCCUGAAGCAAAGGAAAAUGGAAGAGCUGAUCAAAAACGAGCCAGAAGAAACUCCCAGUAUUGAAAAGCUACUAUCAAAGGACUGGAAAGACAAGCUUCUUGCCAUGGGAUCAGGGAACUUUGGAGAAAUAAAAGGGACUCCAGAAAGCCUCGCUGAGAAAGAAAGGCAGCUCAUGGGUAUGAUCAAUCAGCUGACCAGUUUGAGGGAACAGCUGCUAGCAGCUCAUGAUGAACAGAAGAAGCUGGCUGCAUCUCAGAUCGAGAAACAACGCCAGCAAAUGGAGCUGGCUAAGCAGCAACAAGAGCAGAUUGCAAGACAACAGCAGCAGCUUCUGCAGCAGCAACACAAAAUUAACCUUCUUCAGCAACAGAUCCAGCAGGUCCAGGGUCAGCUGCCUCCAUUAAUGAUUCCCGUAUUCCCUCCAGACCAACGAACCCUAGCAGCAGCUGCACAGCAAGGAUUCCUUCUUCCUCCUGGUUUCAGCUACAAGGCGGGAUGCAGUGACCCCUACCCUGUUCAGCUGAUCCCAACUACCAUGGCAGCUGCUGCCGCAGCAACACCAGGCUUAGGCCCACUCCAGCUGCAGCAAUUGUAUGCUGCCCAACUUGCUGCGAUGCAAGUGUCUCCGGGAGGCAAGAUUCCUGGCAUUUCCCAGGGGAACCUUGGUGCUGCUAUGUCCCCUACCAGCAUCCACACAGACAAGAGCACAAACAGCCCUCCACCCAAAAGCAAGGAUGAAGUGGCCCAGCCUCUGAACCUUUCAGCCAAACCCAAGACAUCUGAUGGCAAAUCUCCCACAUCACCCACCUCUCCUCACAUGCCAGCUCUGAGAAUAAACAGUGGGGCCAGUUCACUAAAGUCCUCUGUGCCAGCAACAUUAGCAAGUCCUUCGGCCAGAGCCAACACAAUAGACAUCCUUUCUUCUAUCACGUCGUCAGGUUAUUUAAAUGACCAUGAUGCUGUUACGAAGGCAAUUCAGGAGGCCCGACAGAUGAAGGAGCAGCUACGGAGGGAGCAGCAGGUGCUGGAUGGGAAGGUGGCCGUGGUGAACAGCCUGGGUCUCAAUAACUGCAGGACAGAAAAAGACAAAACAACACUGGAGACCCUGACUCAGCAGCUGGCAGUAAAACAGAGUGAAGAUGGGAAGUUCAGCCAUACAAUGAUGGAUUUCAACAUGAGUGGAGAUUCUGAUGGAAGCGCAGGAGUUUCAGAGUCUCGGAUUUACCGGGAAUCCAGAGGGCGUGGUAGCAAUGAGCCCCACAUCAAGCGCCCAAUGAAUGCAUUCAUGGUGUGGGCUAAAGAUGAACGGAGGAAGAUCCUUCAAGCCUUCCCUGACAUGCACAACUCAAACAUCAGCAAGAUACUAGGAUCUCGCUGGAAAGCUAUGACAAACCUAGAGAAGCAGCCAUACUAUGAGGAGCAGGCUCGGCUCAGCAAACAGCACCUGGAGAAAUACCCAGACUACAAAUACAAGCCCAGGCCGAAGCGUACCUGCCUUGUAGACGGCAAAAAGCUACGCAUUGGCGAGUACAAGGCCAUCAUGCGCAACAGACGCCAGGAGAUGAGGCAGUACUUUAAUGUUGGGCAACAAGCACAGAUCCCCAUUGCCACAGCGGGUGUAGUGUACCCAGGAGCCAUUGCCAUGGCAGGAAUGCCUUCCCCGCACCUGCCCUCGGAGCACUCGAGCGUGUCCAGCAGCCCAGAGCCUGGCAUGCCCGUCAUCCAGAGCACUUACGGGGUCAAGGGUGAGGAGCCACACAUCAAGGAGGAGAUGCAGCCUGACGACGUCAACGGAGAGAUCUACGAUGAGUACGAUGAGGAGGAGGACGACCCCGAUGCAGACUAUGGCAGUGACAGUGAAAACCACAUUGCAGGGCAAGCCAACUGAUGGGGGUCCCAGUGUCUCGUGAACCUGCAGGACUUCAAGGAGAAAAGAAAAAAAAUAAAUAAAUAAAGCCCCAUCUGGUUUAUCCUUGCCAGUGGCCAAGCACAUUAACUUUCUCAUACACUGACUGUUACUUUAACUGUUAGUCUUAACUAGUUGGGACAUCAGCUGACUAAUAGACAUCAGCCUGCAUCAGAAGAAAAAAGGCUCAGAAGAAAGGAAACAGAGACAACAACAACAACAACAGAAUGAUAUAAGCUAUGGGUAAAAUAAUGCCAGUAAUUCAGCUGCUAUACCCAAGCACUGAAGUCUUACCCGUCGACCUUUUAUUAUUAUUAUUUUUUUUUCAAAUAAACUUUAUGGCUGUUUGUUCUACAAUGUUCUAGAAAUUCUCACUCAGGUACACAGUGCCAACAAGUGGCUUGUGAAUGUGUUUUGUUGUUUUGUGCUACAGUUUAAAGAGAAAUAAUUUUUUUUUUUUUUUGGUAAUGCACCUGACAGGAAAAAAAAAAAGAUAAAAUUCCUUUUAACCCCCUCUGUCUCCUCCUCCUCCUCUUCUUCCUCUUCCUCCUCCUCCUCCUUCUUCUCCUCCUCCCUAUCAAAUCUGGGUCAGAAGUGUGUGUGUGUGUGCAUGCCUGCACGCGUGGCUGGCAAGGAAGGAAGUGGGGAGUCUUUCUGUUAACCCCAACAAGCAUUUCAUUUCAAGAGAGGACUUCUCUUCAUCAGUUGCACACCAUACUGAGUCUUUGAGCAAGUGCCAAAUUUGUACUAAAGCGCUGAACUAGUCCAAUUUGCUUUUUUUAAGUUGGUCUCUUCUUGUUUUGUUUUACUUUCGCUUUUCAUUUGCUUCUUGCUCUGUCUUAAGUUAGGACAGUGUUAUAUCUUAGACAAUCCCUUGAAGAACCUGAUAUACCAGCAGCUGGUGAGAUUAGACAUAUAUUUUUGGUUUUGCUUUUGCUUUUUAAAGGAAACUGUAGGUGCUGUUCUCAGGUGAAAAAAAAAGAGAGAGAGAGACAUAAGAAAUUUAGAGAAAAAAUAUUUUACGGUCUUGGAUUUUCAUAUGUGCGUGUUUAAAGUACUGAUAAGAAUAAUCUUGGACUAUUGUGAGCAAAAAUCAUGUUCCAGAAUGAAGUCCUGCACCCUCCAAAUGACUUGGUCUGUAAGAAACCUUUACUUUUAGUUUACACUUCAAGUGGCAGCAUAAAGAAUAUUAAAAAGGCUUGUCCAAAAGGUGGUUUGUUCUGCAUGGGACACAGCAGCUGGAAGUGUUGCCUCCUUGCUGAGCAUAAUUAAGUUUACCACCAACCAAGUCCAGUUCUGAUGAACUCGUACCUUCAGGGUGGUUGAGUAUGAUUUCUGAUUCAAAAGGCAAUUUUUUUUUUAACUGACUUUUUUCUUCUGUGCACUGGCAGAAAUCUGUCUUUUAUCAGUGAGAUGUUUGUGUAGGAAGGAAGGCUAAUAGCUGUGAAGAUAUUUCCCUAUUCAAAGUGAGAUUAGAAGAACUCAAACCAUGCAGCGCUGAAUUUCCCUCACUGCUGCCUCUCACAACUGAAAAAAAUAUUCUCCUGUGCUAAAAUAUUUCCAGUGUUGUUGUAGAGCACUUAUUUGCUUAUUGUUUGGGCAGUUUUGUCUUCCUUGGUCAACCACAACCAGAUGAGGAAGCUGGCCAGGAGCUGCUCUGUGACCUGGAAAGGAAGGUCUUGGGGUAAUGCUGAAGCAAAAACCUUCCUCUGAAUUCUUUUUUCAACUGAGGAUGCCAACUUUAUGUUGCUCCCUAGUAAAUUCCUACUCCGAGAGGGAGACACAUUGCUGUUCUUAUCACCUCCAACUUGUAAAAUUAGCCCAUUCAUCUUAGUGGCAAUGAGAUCCCAGCCCAAGUACUCACCAGAACCCUGUCACCACUAUUUGUCGGCAUUUGUUUUGCAAACAGCCCCUUAAUCAGACAAAUUCAGCCCUUGAUGACAGGUGCAGGAUGAACAGGACAGGUAGGAAGGGGGGGAUGCCUUUCUUUGCCUGCUGAAAUCCCACUUGAAUUGUAACUUGUCCUCUGCAGACCUUGUGCAAAGCAAAAAGCAAACACCAUACUCUGAUGAGCGGUGUGGACAUAUGAUAGUUUUACUCUGCUAUAUCUCUUUUCUUUUUCUUCUGUUUUCCCUGUUUUGAUUUCCACCUCUGCUUUGAAAACUUUUCUAUUUUCUCUCUCUCAGAAGAUUUGCUCUGAAGUUAUGCUUGGAGUAGCUGAUCAUAUCCUUCAUAUCAGAGAAGGUUCUUUUUUGUUUGUAUUUUAUGACUGUGUUGGGGUUUUGUUCUUUUUCAGUUGAACUGCCUCUUCUUGCUAGUGUUGAAUGGUAAUAAUAAUAAUAAUAAUAUUAAUGAUAAUAAUAAUGGUCAGCUGUUCCCAGAUUAGUAAAUUAUGUAUAAUUUAUUUACACCUCCCCUUUUUUAACUUUAUUUUAUUCUGUUCUAAUUCGGCAGUGCAGCAAAUGAAGCUGUUAGGCUAUUUAAAAUGGAUACCCCCUCCCCACCUUACCUUUUUAUAUAUAUAAAUAUAUAUAUAUACAUAUGAAAACAAAUUGCUUCUUCUUCUGCUCACACCAUUUCUCUUUCUUUUAUUUUAAUUUUGGCCCCAGCCAUGUCAACUUCUGAUGUUUAUUAUGAUGGAGUGAAUUAAUGGGAGUGUUGUUUUCAAUUUUAAUUAACUUCUGCUCUCUCAUCACUCAUUUUAGUUAUUUAAUUACACCAGUCAUCUAGAGCCAGGUUUUUUUUUAGCACCCUGUUUGGAUAAGAAGGAAAAAAAAAAAUAGACAAUUGUUUUUAUAUCAUUAUUAUGUACAAUGUGAAAACAGAUAUUUGCUCUCUUCUAUUUUAUUUUUUUUAAAUUUUUAAAUUUGUUCCCUGUCUUUGUGAACAAAUUACUUCUGACUCUUGUGGGUUCACCUCACAUUUGCUGGAUGAUUUCCACCACAGUUUAGAGACUCUCUGGUUUAAUUGUGUCACUUUGGGCUACCGGAAUACUUUGUUUUAGCUCCAGGUAGGUGUCACUGUGGCAGGCGGGAUUGGAGCAAGUCUUGAAGGCGUGGGCUGGGAAAGCUCAGUGGGAAGGGGGCUCUUGGACUUCAGUGGGACCAAGUUUCAGUCCUGAGUUCUGUGGGAGCCUCUCCUGGAGGCAGCCUGAUGUCUGUGGGCACUCCAAGAGCCCCGUGCUUUUCACACCACCUCACCCAGGGCUCAGCUGAAGGAGUUGAUUUUGUCCCAUACACAUUCCCUUUGGAGAGACUGUGCCCCAGCCUGGCCUUCCCUCCCUUGUGCUUUGGGAAUGGGUUGCUUUAUCAGACUGUCCACCUCCUCUACAUUUGGGAUGAUGAAAGUGAUGCAGAAAUAUUAAAAAGGGAAAAGAAAGAAAAAAAAAAAAAA